AUCGUCAUGUUUCAUGUUUUCCAGCUGCAUUUGCAUCCUGUUUGCCGUUUGACCUCCUCACUCUGUCGAUGACAAAGCUCAACUGGUAUUAUACCCGUUUGGCAGUUUCCUUCCUGAAUCACAGAGGAGCUAAGGCACAGCUCCGUCAAGGCUGAGGAGGCUGCCGGCACGGCUCCCUUCCACCUCGACCUCUGGUUCUACUUCACCCUGCAGAACUGGGUUCUGGACUUUGGCCGCCCCAUUGCCAUGCUGGUGUUCCCUCUCGAGUGGUUUCCGCUCAACAAGCCGAGCGUGGGGGACUACUUCCACAUGGCCUACAACAUCAUUACGCCCUUUCUCCUGCUCAAGCUCAUCGAGCGGUCCCCCCGCACCCUGCCGCGCUCCAUGAUCUACGUCAGCAUCAUCACCUUCAUCAUGGGCGCCAGCAUCCACCUGGUGGGCGACUCCGUGAACCACCGCCUGCUCUUCAGUGGCUACCAGCACCACCUGUCGGUCCGCGAGAACCCGAUCAUGAAGAAUCUCAAGCCGGAGACGCUGAUCGAUUCCUUUGAGCUGCUCUACUACUACGACGAGUACCUGGGCCACUCCAUGUGGUACAUCCCCUUCUUCCUCAUCCUCUUCAUGUACUUCAGCGGCUGUUUCACUCCAGCCAAAGCCAAGAGCUCCAUGCCAGGGGCGGCCCUGCUCCUGGUGGUGCCCAGUGGCCUGUACUACUGGUACCUGGUCACCGAGGGCCAGAUCUUCAUCCUCUUCAUCUUCACCUUCUUCGCCAUGCUGGCCCUGGUCCUGCACCAGAAGCGCAAGCGCCUCUUCCUAGACAGCAACGGCCUCUUCCUCUUCUACUCCUUUGCCCUCACCCUCCUGCUUGUGGCCCUCUGGGUUGCCUGGCUGUGGAAUGACCCUGUACUCAGGAAAAAGUACCCCGGUGUCAUCUACGUCCCUGAGCCCUGGGCCUUCUACACCCUCCACGUCAGCAGCCGACACUGAGUCCCUGGCACCAGCCACUGGUGCUCUGCCGGGCCGGAGAUGGACCACAGAGGGCAUCUGAGAAUGCGUGUGCGUGCGUGUGUCUGUGUCCACUGACAUGUGCAAUCCAUGACUGAGAACAUGGGUGAGUGCAUGGUGCACAUGGAUAGGUGUGUCUGUGUGUGUGUGGAGUGCCUCACCACGAGACUCGACUGUUCUGGUGCAGUUUCUCUUUGGUCUUGAUCUUUUCAGGGUGGGCUUUAGUUUUCGGCAGUGUGUCCAGGCCAAGAUCUGGGCCCUGCCCCGCUGUGCACCUGACUGGAGGUGGGGCCCUCUCCCUCCCACUGUUCAGGGCCGGUCUCUUGUUCCUGGGAUGUCUUCUGGUAGCCGUGCAGGAGAGGCCUGGGUGGGGCAGAAGCUGGGAGGGGACUCGGCAUGUCACCCACCACGUGGCUGGCCCCUCAGACCUGCCCUGACCCUGAAGGCUAGAUUACCUAGGUUACGGCACCGUUAUGUGUAUUCUUGAGCAAAGCGUGGCCCCUCUCUGGGCCUCAGUUGCACUAGAUGGGCCCUUGGUCCCAAAGUGGAUCCGUGGGUUGGUCUCAGUCUCUUCUUGGGGCAGCUCUGGGAUGGACAAGUAGUGCUAUCUUGUCACUGCUCUCUCCUUCCCUGGGAGAGAGAUGUGCACCCAAAACCCUCACGCAACCUCAGCCCCCAUGGGGUGUUGGACCACCCUCACCCCGGGGAGCCAGAGGCCACCCCGUGCCCUAACCACCAGCUGAUCGUGGGGUCUGGCGGUGGUUGCUCUCCAGCCAUCUCCCUCUGCCAGGAGCUCUGUCAGCUCCUCUCCCUCCAGGAGAACUGUGGCACCGCCUUGCAUCGGCCUGCCUGCAGGUUUCUGAGCCACAGCUGAAGCAGAGUUCUCAAACACUUGCACCGUUCCCAGAGCCGCAUUCUAGGGUCGGCGGGGGGAGGGGGGGGCGCGUCCCGAAGGUCUCUCCAGUUGGCCUUGUCUCAGCCUGAAUCUCCUGCUUGUUGCCAGUGGCGCUGCUCCUAGGAAAGGGAGGCCUCAUUCCCAGCAGGACGCCCCCCACCUCACACCUUCUCCCAGGCACUGGGGCCAGGGCUCCUCACACAGCUGCGGGCCCCACAGCCUCCUUUCGAGCCAGCACUGGCCUAUUUGUGCUCAUGGGUCUCAGGCGGCCUGCCUUGCCCUCCCUGGACCCCUCCUCCUCUCCUGUGUUCUCAGGGAGCCCCGUGCCUCAGAUUCUCCCUUCAUGUUGGGGUCCCUCUGCAGCCCCCUUAGGGGUCCCCCAGCCCCUGGUCGGUCCCUGUCUGCUGGCAGCAACAGGUGGUGAGAGGUGUGAAUAAAGGCAUAUGCAGCCAA